UAAAGAAGAAUUUUAUGUAUCAAUCACUGUUUAUUUUCACAUCUCACACCUAUAUAUAUAUAUUUUUCAUAAGAUAUUAAUGUGUUUUGUGAAGUGUGAGAUAGUAAUUGGGAAUGAUUUGAAAAGUUUUUCUUUCUUAAAAUCUCCUAACUAAACCAUCCAAACAAGAAAAACACUCGAAACCCUUACCCAAUGGAUCUAUCUGAGAACGGCGAGAUUGAAGUGACGGGCGCAUCGUUCAGCCGAUUCGACGUCGUCUCGGAUCAGUCCGAUCACUCCUACUUCCUCCUGAACCGGCCCAAAAAGGACGCCGGAGAUUGCUUCGUCAAUGAGAACAGUAAGACGCACAAGAAGAUCGUGCAGGAGUGGAGGAUCCUAAAGAAGAACCUCCCGGAGUCGAUCUUCGUGCGUGUCUACGAGAAGCGCAUCGAUUUGCUCAGAGCCGUGAUCGUCGGCGCCUCCGGCACACCGUACCACGAUGGGCUCUUCUUCUUCGACCUCGCCUUCCCACCCGAUUACCCGGCUCGACCGCCCCAGGUCCAUUACCGUUCGUACGGGAUGAGGCUCAACCCGAAUCUGUACGCCAACGGGCGGGUGUGCUUGUCCCUGCUCAACACCUGGGCCGGUAAGAAGAGCGAGAAGUGGAACCCGUCUGAGUCCACUGUGCUCCAGGUCUUGCUCUCCAUCCAAGCGCUGGUUCUCAACGAAAAACCAUACUUUAACGAACCGGGUAACGGGAUGCUGGGUCGAUCUAUCUGGGAAAAGAAGUCGCAGGCGUAUAACGAGGACGUGUUCAUCUUAUCGUGCAAGACAAUGCUCUUUUUGCUCCGAAGGCCACCGAGGAAUUUCGAGGAAUUUGUGGCCAGGCAUUUUAGGGAGCUUGGGAAUAGGAUAGUAAGGGCUUGUAAUGCUUAUAGAACUGGUGCCGUGAGAGUUGGGUACUAUGGAGAUUUUGGGUCAUCGUCAUCGUCGUCAACGAGCAUCGAUGUGUCGGACAGAUUCAAAGCGUCAGUGCAGAAGCUUUAUCCCGAGCUCGUUACUGCUUUUCAUAGGGUCGGGGCUUCAGUGGGGAAUUUCGUCGAACGGUUGAAGGUGGAAAUACAAACGCCGCCGCCGUCGAAAGCUCAAGAGGUUGCGAAUUUGCAGCGCGGUGUUGGGAUUGCGAAGAAAGUCCUCGGGGGAAUAACGAAGAUCUUGGGAUUGAAGAAGAGUGGAAAAAUCAAAGCGGAUGCGGCCGAAAAGAAGUUUUCUCGAAAGGGGUGCUCCUUCGCAAUGCUCUGUGUCAGUGUGAGAGAGGGGGGGACAUAAUUGGGAUUUGAUUUCUGUACAGCAUCACCUUAAACAAGGGGAGAAUUGGAUCAAUAUACUCUAUAAUUUUUAUUCUCGAAAUAUUUUUUAUAUUUUGGAGAGAGACAGAACGUAAUUCAAGAAUCAUACUGUAUUUAAUACCAUAUUUACGUUCUGUCUCCCUGAAUUAUAAAAAAAAUAUCUGAAAUAAGAAAUUAUAGAAAAAUAUUGAUCCAUGAAGAAUUAGGACCGAACCCAUUAUGUUUUUCUAGGGGUAGGUUUUGUGGUGGAGAUGAUUAAGGUACAUAAUUUACCAACUCAGACUGUAAUUGACAACUUUAUAUAAAGGCUAAAAACACUUUGGUACAUAAAGAAAUUAUUGCUGUCUAUG